AUGGAUGCGAAUGCCUUUAUUAUUAUUUAUAUCGCCUACCUUCACUGUUCAGGAGGUUUCCCUUACUACUACUUUAAAUGGGAAAUCGCCUUCUACAACUCUGUUCAUGAUAUUUCCUACGCCAUUCGUCACAGUCUCACCACACGAAACCCGAUCUGGGGUUGGGUUAUCUACCGCUGUUCGUACAAAGACGAGAAACUAUGGACCAACGUCCUCUCGGAAUGGAAUCAAGCUGUCGACCGCUCCCGCGCCGAACAAAUCCUACCAUCAAUGGAUAUGAAGAUAGUUGAAGACCCUUCUCUCGAACGCGCGAGUAAAGAGGCCAUCUGUGAACGUCACUACGCCUGGGCCGGAUCUGUCGGCGGCACCGCUGGCAUCGCCAACUGUAGGAACCUCUGGCCUCCGCCUCGCUACCAAUUCGCUGUCUACGUUGACGAGGGCUCGCUGAAGAGCGUGAAAAACCACCCUGGGCCGCCUCGCAGGAAGGGGAAGCGAGCCUACGCUAAUCUGCUACAUGUAACGAACCAUAUGAACAAAGGAAGCCCUGGAGCGAGCUGGCCAGGUCGACCAAUGGUGAAGGAGCAGUGGUGGAUGAGAGUAGAGCUGGAUAAAUUGCCUGUGUAUGCGUAUGGAACGUUGUUCGACCCUGCGAAUUGGUAUGGGUACUAUAAGAAACCGCCGCAGGUAUGGAGAUAUUUUGAUUGA